AGAUUACUUUCACGGAUGCCAAAGAAAGCGCGGAGGCUUGCAAGAGGGCAGGGAGGGACACCUCAAACCCAACAAAGCAUGGCCCACGUUUCGUACGCUGCGCCCCAUUUGGUAGUUUGCUCUCGCAAUCGCCUCGCCGUACGCACCUCCACAACGCGGAAUGGCUGGCCGGCUGUCGCCGCCACGGCGGACGAUGUCGAUGGGAAGCGGCUCCCUGGGGCGGCGCACGGCCCCCGGCGUCGACAGCCCCAAGCCCGGCCUCUCUCGUUCCAUGACCAUGGGGAAGGAGCGCACGGUAAAGCGGCUGCGGCUGUCCAAGGCGCUGACGGUGCCCGAGAGCACCACCGUGCUGGAGGCGUGCCGGCGGAUGGCUGCUCGCAGGGUCGACGCCGCGCUGCUCACCGACUCCAACGCCUUGCUCUGCGGCAUCCUCACCGACAAGGACAUUGCUACGAGGGUGAUCGCCCGGGAGCUGAAGAUUGACGAGACGCCGGUGUGGAAGGUCAUGACGAGGCAUCCUGUGUUCGUCAUCUCCGACACGCUUGCGGUCGAGGCGCUCCAGAAGAUGGUCCAAGGGAAAUUCAGGCACCUGCCGGUGGUGGAGAAUGGCGAGGUGAUCGCCAUGCUCGAUAUCGCCAAGUGCCUCUACGACGCCAUCGCCAGGAUGGAGAGGGCGUCCGAGAAGGGGAAGGCGGCCAUCGCCAACGCGGUCGAUGGCGUCGACAAGUAUCAUUGGGCCGGCAACAAUCCUAGUAACUCGAACUCGCUGAUAGAGGCCUUCAAAGAGCAGAUCUUCAGGCCGUCCUUGUCAACAAUUAUCACCGCAGACUCAACGAUUGUCAUAGCAUCGCCUGGCGAUUCGGUGCUCGCGGCGACAAAGAAGAUGCUGGAGGCACAUUCCUGCUCGGCAGUCGUGGCCGUUGGCAAUAAAGUUCAGGGUAUCCUAACUUCGAGGGACAUCUUGAUGCGCAUGAUCGCCAAGAAUCUCCCCGCAGACUCGACCCCAGUUGACAAGGUCAUGACUCUGGAUCCUGAUUGCGCAACAGUUGACACGCCAAUACUUGAUGCCCUCCGGACAAUGCAAGAGCGCAAGUUCUUGCAUCUUCCCGUGAUGGACAGAGAUGGUUCCAUCGUCUGCAUUGUCGACGUGAUUGACAUCACACAUGCCGCGAUCUCAAUCGUUGAGAGCAGUGGAGGUGGGGUCAGCAAUGACGACGCCGCGAUCUCCAUGAUCCAGAGGUUCUGGGACUCCGCAAUGGCGUUGGAACCGCUGGACGACGAGACCGACUCCCAGUCUCAGAUGAGCGAGGCGUCGCGGUCCCAGAUCAUGUCCGAAGUAAACCAUGAAGCAGCUGGUGCUGAGCCCCCAUACCCUGCUUUGUUCUCGUUCAAGCUCCAAGACAGGCGAGGGUGGAUGCACCGGUUUAGCUGUGAGGUGCAGAGCUUGACGCCGCUGGUGACCUCCAUCCUCCAAAGGCUCGGCGCCGACAUUGAUCACGACCGCCUGCCUCAAAUUUUGUAUGAAGACGAAGACCAGGAUAAGGUGGUGCUGGCAUCAGACGACGACCUAAUUGCAGCGGUGGACCACGCGAGGCUGGCCGGAUGGAAGGGUUUGAGGCUGUUCUUGGAUUAUUCCGGUACCACGGGCCGUAGGAGAAGUCUCGCUACUAGCGGCGGAGCGACGAUGGCCCUAGCGAACAGGGACGCCUGGGCGGCUGCUUAUAGCGGGGUGGCUGCUGGCGCUGCCCUAGUCACUGGGCUGGGGGUAAUGGCCUAUCUGCGAAGAUCCAGCUAGCGCAGUAGCUUGUAAACCCACGUCUGAAAUCAUUUCGUAGAAAAAUUCUAUUUGCACAGUCAAGUUUUAAGUUUUAAAGUGAUCUUUCACGGGCACCAACUUGACUGGGGCUGGAAAAAUUAGAGCAAUGAAGGAAACUCUAUGUCAGAGGCGGUUGAGCUCAGCACAAACAUACCCACUGCUGCAUAUGACACUCUACUACUGACGGGUAUUAAACCCUCACCUGUGACGUAUGAGGAUACGGAUGAAUUAUCCUCAGUAGUGGUGACUUUUUCAUCAUUGACGGAUAAAUUACCCUCAGGAAUGACUGACAGGUCUUCGUCGCUACCUAUAAGCGAUGGUACUAUCAAAAUUCCAAUGAUGGUUGUUGUGUUUACUCAUCAGUGGUGGCAUUGUCAUCACUGAAGUUUUUACCCAAGAAUGAUGACUUUGAAUGA